GUGAUCAUUAUGAUCGUGUCUGGUUUAGGUAACACUUUCUGCUUAACCAUCGUCUGUCGGACAUCAUUAAAACAAGAUGUAGAUACACUAUUUAUUGCCAAUUUAGCCGUGACGGAUUUAAUUAGUGCGCUGUUAGUCUUGCCAAGCAUUAUUGUAACCAAUAUGUGCUACGUAUAUAAUCAAUUAUCACAAGGACUAUGUAAUUUUCAAGGCUUUCUCCUGAUUUGGAUUAUGGGUACUUCACUUUUUACCACUGCUCUUAUUAGCAUUGAUCGCUGUAUCGCAGUCACUAAUCCGUUCUUUUAUCGUUCGAGAAUGACCGUCAACAAAGCCAUCUUUCAAAUUGUUCUAGCAUGGCUUGUUCCUUUUUGCUAUGCUACUAUGCCAUUACUAGGC